CAUUCACGCAUUCUCCCAAACUAAUUACACACCUGAACAGUGGGAGAAAGUUCAAAACGAACAGCAAUAGCUAUAGCUCUGCUAAAACUAAACUAAUAUAAAAAUUAAAAUCAAAGGAAGUCCAACAUAAAGAGAUAUAAAAUGUCCAACAUAAUAAAAGUUAAAAUCUCAUCCCCUGGUAAGGUCAUUCUCCACGGGGAACAUUCAGUUGUCUACAAGAAGCCAGCUCUAGCUGCAGUCGUUGGGGUUCGCACUCGUUUGGAUCUUUUCGAAGUGUGUGACUCAUCGGUUUGCGUGUUUCACUUGAAUAGCUUACAGUGCUCUUUUGAAAUUCAAAUCAGCGAAAUAAAUACAUUUGUUGAGUCAUUCAUUCAACAGCAAGGCGCUGCUGGGCUUGGCAAAGAUCUAUUGUUGAAGCGAACUCGAGAGGCAGUCGAUGCUAAGUUCCCAGAUCAGAGUUCAGUUCAGGUCAAGACCCUGCACGCUAUUUAUUAUCUCCUCUGUGGAUGUUUGAUCACGUCAAAAAAUUCUGCCCUCUCUUCUGGAUCUGUACUCAAAAUCUCGUCGGAGUUAAACAUUGGCGCUGGGUUGGGUAGUUCAGCUUCAUUUGGAGUCUGUCUGGCUACGGCAUUUCUUAUUCUGACCAAACAAAUCUCCAGCCAGCAGUAUGCAUCAGAAGAAUCCCUUUCCUUGGUUUCAUCGUGGGCCUUUGAGUCGGAGAGAGUGAUGCAUGGAAAUCCGUCCGGAGUGGACAAUACCAUUUGCACAUACGGUGGUAUCGUUCGCUUUACCAAAGGUGAACCUUUCUCUCAAAUAGAAGUGCCAAAACCUCUGCAUGUGCUCCUAGUGGACAGUAAAGUCUCUAGGAGUACUGCGAAGCUGGUGGAAAAAGUCGCAAUUCUGAGAAUCAAAUUCCCGAAACUAAUCGACCUACUUUGGGACUCAAUGGAGGAGGUUGUGGAGGCAGCUACACCAAUCUACCAAAAUCUAGAUGAUAAAGAAAACUUCGGAAAAUUGGAAGAACUCUUCCGCAUCAAUAACGACCUACUGAGUGCGAUUGGGGUGUCCCAUGAGAGUCUGGAGAAAAUCUUUAGUAUUGCAACGAGGAAUAAAUUCAGUAGCAAAUUGACUGGCGCUGGUGGAGGUGGAUAUGCCAUUAUACUGCUUCCUUCGGAUUACAAGGGCAGAGAAAACUAUUCGGUGCUUUGCAAGGAACUUAUUGCAGCUGGGUUCGGAAUAACAGAAACCACAGUUGGUGGAAGAGGCCUUAUUGUUGAAAAAGAUGAUUUUUGAGAAAACUUUAUAAUAAAAAACGUUUGAACUUCCUUUGUAUUUUAA